AUGGAUCCUCGGGCGUUGUCGAACUUCCUUCGAGCUGCCGCCAAGCUGCACGAAUCAGAGCCGGAGGUCCUGCAGACGGUGCCAUGGCUCGCAAGGUGCAUACCAGAGACGGUUGAGAGCAUGGUUCCUCAACACUUGUCGAACUGCCUUUGGGCUGCCGCGCGUUUGCAGGAAUUAGAGCCGGAGGUGCUGAAAGCUGUGCCAUCACUCGCCAAGCGCAUACCGCAGAGGAGUUUCGACAUGAAGCCUCAGCACUUGUCGAACUGCCUUUGGGCUGCCGCCAAGCUGCAGGAAGCAGAGCCAGACAUCCUCGAAGCUGUCCCAUCACUCGCCGAGGGCGUAGUCCAGAAGGUGGAAUGCAUGGAUCCCCAGGCAAUUUCAAAUUGUCUUUGGGCCGCCACGCGUCUUCACGAAUCAGAGCCGCUGGUCCUUCAAGCUGUGCCAUCGCUCGCAGGGUGCAUGCAGACGAAAGUAGAGAGCAUGACUCCGCAGCACUUGUCCAACUGCCUGUGGGCUGCUGCCAGCCUGCAGGAAGCAGAGCCGGAGGUCCUUCAAGCUGUGCCAUCGCUGGCAAAGUGCAUGCAGACGAAAGUGGAGAGCAUGACUCCGCAGCUCUUGUCCAACUGCCUGUGGGCUGCUGCCAGCCUGCAGGAAGCAGAGCCGGAGGUCCUUCAAGCCGUGCCAUUGUUCGCAAAGUGCAUGCGGACGAGCGUGGAGAGCAUGAACCCCUCAGCAUUGUCCAACUGUCUGUGGGCUGCUGCCAAGCUGCAGGAAGCCGCGCCGGAUGUCCUUCAAGCUGUGCCAUCGCUCGCAAAGUGCAUGCAGACGAACGUGGAGAGCAUGACUCCACAGCACUUGUCCAACUGCCUGUGGGCUGCUGCCAGCCUGCAGGAAGCAGAGCCGGAGGUCCUUCAAGCCGUGCCAUCGCUCGCAAAGUGCAUGCGGAGGAAAGUGGAGAGCAUGAACCCCUCAGCAUUGUCCAACUGUCUGUGGGCUGCUGCCAAGCUGCAGGAAGCCGCGCCGGAUGUCCUUCAAGCUUUGCCAUCGCUCGCAAAGUGCAUGCAGACGAACGUGGAGAGCAUGACUCCGCAGCACUUGUCCAACUGCCUGUGGGCUGCUGCCAAGCUGCUUGAAGCAGAGCCGGAGGUCCUUCAAGCUGUGCCAUCGCUCGCAGAGGGCAUAGUCCAGAAGGUGGAAUGCAUGGAUCCCCAGGCAAUUUCAAAUUGUCUUUGGGCGGCCACGCGUCUUCACGAAUCAGAGCCUCUGGUCCUUCAAGCUGUGCCAUCGCUGGCAAAGUGCAUGCAGACUAAAGUGGAGAGCAUGACUCCGCAGCACUUGUCCAACUGCCUGUGGGCUGCCGCCAGCCUGCAGGAAGCAGAGCCGGAGGUCCUUCAAGCCGUGCCAUCGCUCGCAAAGUGCAUGCGGACGAAAGUGGAGGGCAUGAACCCCUCAGCAUUGUCCAACUGCCUGUGGGCUGCUGCCAAGCUGCAGGAAGCCGCGCCGGAGGUCCUUCAAGCUGUGCCAUCGCUCGCAAAGUGCAUGCAGACGAAAGUGGAGAGCAUGGAUCCGUCGGCUUUGUCCAACUGCCUGUGGGCUGCCGCACUCCUGCAGCGCUCCGAUGUAUCGGAUUUCUUUAACUUCAUACCGUCGAUUACCUCCAAGAGUCUUCGGACAGCAGCUGCCAUGGCAGUACCACAUCUGGAGGUGUCCGUGUGGGCAGCAAAUGAGCUUGGCGAGCUCGACUUGGAAGCCGCUCUGCAGGCAGAGCUUGCUCGGCGCAGCGUCUACAGCAAACUCUAG